AUGGAGCAAUCGAAUAUUUUCGAAGGCAAAGGGCCACGCAUCAUAUUCGUUACUGGAGGUCCAGGAACUGGCAAAGGAACCCAAUGUGCCGUUCUUGUUGAAGAAUAUGGCUUUAUGCACAUCUCAAUAGGAGAUCUUAUGAGACAUGAAAUCAGAAGUGGAAGCGAAGAAGGCCAAAACAUCAAAGCAAUUGUGCAGAGCGGAAAUUUAGUCCCAAAAGAACUCACUGUAACGUUACUAAUGAAAGCUUUAAAAUCUACAAGCGCCCAUACAGUGCUGAUUGAUGGGUUUCCCAGAUCGGUGGAUCAGGCAGUUUACUUGGAACAAAUGGGCUUAAAAAUCAAUUACCUGCUGCAUUUUGAUACAAAUAAAGAAGACGUGCUGCUAAAUAGACUGAUUGAGAGAGGAAAAACAAGUGGGAGAGCUGAUGACAAUGAAGAGACUAUCGUUAAAAGAUUUAGAGUUUAUAAAGCAGAGUCAUUACCUGUGCUGCAGUUAUAUGAACCUUUUGGAAUUGUGAGGAAAGUUGAUUGCUUAGCGACAAUCCCUGAAGUGUUUCAUAGGGCUGUGUGCACCUUAAGGCCUGAACUUUUAUUUGUAGCUGGUUCUAAGUUUUCAGGAAAAACCACCUUAAGCAAGAUUUUAGCUGAAAGGUACUAUUACUACUAUAUGUCAUUGGACAGUAUUUUAGUAAUCAAAAGAGAAGGGCAAAAAGUGAAAAUAACUGAUGAUGAAGAAAUUGCUAGAAGGCUUGCAAAAAAAUUACAGAAAUUAAAACACCAUACACGAGUACUAGUUGAUGGGUUUCCGAAGAAUUUAGCACAGGCUCAGCUGUUUGAAGGACUAUUAGGAGCGCCUAAUAAAGUGAUUUAUUUACAUUGUCCAAGAGAUAUGUGUCAAAACAGACAGUUAAGUUUAGGGAAAAAAUCAGAAAAUUAUAUUUCGUCAACCCAAUUCAGCCAGCUCUAUAACCAAUCAAUUUUUGGAAGUGCUGAGCUAAUCGCUUAUUAUAAAAAGACAACACUUUUGCACGAACUAGACUCUGGGGUAGACUUAGAACAUUUGAGGCUGAGAGCUGGAGAUGCAAUAGAGCCAGAAGUUGUGAUGGUGAGAGGCGAAAUUAAAUUCCCAUUUUUGAAGUACCUUGAAAAUUCAGGCUAUAAACUUGUCAAUGCAACCAAUUUAAUGGAUUUAUGGAAAAAUGCGAGGGGAUUGUCAAGAGCUCAAUAUGAAACUGAUUUCGAUGACCCAGAAACCAUUGAUGUCUUGCUCAAUAUGAUAUACUCUGGCAACGCAACCCUUAAAUUUGCACUAUAUAACUUUGCAGUAAAAAAUUUGAAUUUAAUAAGCGAAUUCGAAAAAAGGGUCUGCAAAAUCCGGAAAAUUUAUUACAUACAUACAAAUUCAUGGCCCAAUAUUGCUGAUCCUGUCUCAGAAUAUUAUUAUACCACAGGAAGGCUGAUUAGGUUAAAGUUAAAUGAAAUACCAAACGUUAAAGAAAUCAAUGAAAACUAUGAAGAAGCCAUUAAGUAUGAAAUUGGCAUUCAAAGUCCUCCUGAAAAAAGCUGGCUUAUUUUUGUGUCAGGUCCUUCUCUAAGCGGCCGUACAACAGUUACAAAUUCCCUAGUAGAGCUUGGUUUCAGAACCCUCGACUUUACAAGCAUUAUUGAAGAAACCAAAACUCGGCUUUCCACAGAAGAAGACGCCAAAGAAGAACUAACCUUUAUGGAAAUUAUUUCUGGUAUAAAAGAAGAUCUCAAAAAAAAUCCUUACCAGCCUGUAGUAAUUGAUGGAAUCCUUCCCCCAGAAGUUCUUCUAGCUAAAGACCCUUUAUACCCAGUCCCAGAAAUAGGUGAAGAAGAUGAAGAAGGUCUAAACUACGACGAAAAACCUAUUUUGCAUGCAAGAGUUUCUUCUACAGUAUACAGAUACAAGCUAUUUUAUUCUUCUUUUAAUGUUCUAUCAGCUAUAGAAUUAAGAUGCUCUAUGCCAGAAUUAGAAAAAAGAGCAAGAAUUAAAUUUGAGCUGCAAGAAGAAGACGAUUUAACAUCUGAACAAAGAAGCGAAAUAUUAGAAUCAUGAAUGAUAGCAGAAAGAGUGUCUGAGACAACAACACUAAAUCCUGUUAAAAUCCCUGAAAGACUUGUAAUAGAAACUGAUACAAGAUCACUAUAGCUCAUGCACCUUUAUGGAUCGACCUCAUUGAAAAUGUAACCGCUCUAAUGGACUUCCUAUCUUGUACAUCUUAGAAUAGACCCCUCACUAUUUAGAGAAAUAUUUAGAUAUUAUAAAAAAAUCCCUAGUUUUAAACUAGUUCCAUAUAGUUUUUAUAUUAUUGUUUUUUUAAUAAUUUGAAAAAUGUUUUAAAAAUCAGCAUAAGAUUUGGACAAAAGAAGCCAAAUCAUGUUUUACAAUAAAAAUAGUUAUUAUCUCUUGAUAUUUGAAAAAUACGAUUUUCGCGGUAAAAUGUUUUGGCCCCAAAUAUUGGAAAUUAAAAAUAGCGAGUCAAAAAAAUUUUUGACAAGUGUGAACCAUUUUGACAAUUAAACGAUCCAAUUUUAAAAAUAUCUUUAUAUAAAUAUUAAUUUUUAAUUUAAGAUAUGAUUUUAAAUAAAAAAAUGGCAGAUUUAUAGUGACUAUAGGAAAAAAUGUUACCCCUCAUGGAGCAAGCUCCUAUGUAGAGUUAAGGUCUGAUUUGAUUGCAAAGCUUUAUCAAUUUAAAGGAUUUUUAUUUUACCCAAUGAACUUUUUUUUGCUUCGAUUUAGUCUUGAAGAUCUCGUGUUAGCGUUUGAAUUUUUUUUAUGGUAUUUUUGACUUUAAAAAAAAUGGCAGACUUAUAGCGACUAUAGGAAAAAAAUGUUACCCCUCAUGGAGCAAGCUCCUAUGUAGAUUUAAGGUCUGGUUCAAAUGCAAAGGUUAAUCAUUUAAUAUGAAUUUUAUUUUGCCCAAUGAACUUUUUUUGCUUCGAUUUAUUCUUGGAGAUCUCGUGUUCGCAUUUGAAUUUGUUUUGCUUACUUUUGACUUUAGAAAAAAAAAUGGCAGACUUAUAGUGACUAUAGGAAAAAAUGUUACCCCUCAUGGAGCAAGCUCCUAUGAAGAGUUAAAGUCUGAUUUAACUGCAAAGCUCUAUCAAUUUAAAGGAAUUUUAUUUUGCCCAAUGAACUUUUUUUGCUUCGAUUUAGUCUUGAAGAUCUCGUGUUCGCGCUUGAUUUGUUUUAGGUAUUUUUGACUUUAGAAAAAAAAAUGGCAGACUUAUAUGGACUAUAGGAAAAAAUGUUACCCCUCAUGGAGCAAGCUCCUAUGUAGAGUUAAGGUCUGAUUCAACUGCAAAGCUUAUCAUUUAAUAUAAAUUUUAUUUUGCCCAAUGAACUUUUUUUGCUUCGAUUUAUUCUUGAGAGAUCUCGUGUUCGCGUUUGAUUAUUUUUUGCUUACUUUUGACUUUAGAAAAAAAAAAUGGCAGACUUAUAGUGGCUAUAGGAAAAAAUGUUACCCCUCAUGGAGCAAGCUCCUAUGUAGAGUUAAGGUCAGGUUCAACAGCAAAGCUAAAUCAUUUAAUAUGAAUUUUAUUUUGCCCAAUGAACUUUUUUUGCUUCGAUUUUUAGUCUUGAAGAUCUCGUGUUCGCGUUUGAAUUUUUUUUAUGGUAUUUUUGACUUUUAAAAAAAAAUGGCAGAAUCUUAUAGUAAGUAUCGGAAAAAAUGUAACCCCUCAUAGUGAUGUUCCUAUAAGGAAUAAUAUGAAAUAAAUACAAAGCCUAAUUGUUUAAGCUGAAUUAUUAUUUUUAUUAAAGAACUUUUAUUUUUCUCAAUAUCAACUUGGAGAUGAUGUGCUCAUAUAAAAAUUUUUUAUUAAUAUUCUAUUACUUUUAUUAAUUAAAUUAAUUUUAAGUUAAAUUAAAUGGACCAGCCAUUUUUUUAUUUAAAAUCAUAUCUUAAAUUAAAAAUUAAUAUUUAUAAUAAAGAUAUUUUUAAAAUUGGAUCGUUUAAUUGUCAAAAUGGUUCACACUUGUCAAAAAUUUUUUGACUCGCUAUUUUUAAUUUCCAAUAUUUGGGCCAAAACAUUUUACCGCGAAAAUCGUAUUUUUCAAAUAUCAAGAGAUAAUAACUAUUUUUAUUGUAAAACAUGAUUUGGCUUCUUUUGUCCAAAUCUUAUGCUGAUUUUUAAAACAUUUUUCAAAUUAUUUAAAAAAACAAUAUAUAUAAAAACUAUAUGGAACUAGUUUAAAACUAGGGAUUUUUUUUAUAAUAUCUAAAUAUUUCUCUAAAUAGUGAGGGGUCUAUUCUAAGAUGUACAAGAUAGGAAAGUCCAUUAGAGCGGUUACAUUUUCAAUGAGGUCGAUCCAUAAAGGCUCAUUAGCUAUAGCAGAAAAUAAGAAAUUGCUAGGCCAUUAUUUUAAAAGAAAAGUUAUUUUAGUGCAGUCUGCUUAUAAAGCAGGGUAUGAGGCGAUUAAAAAAUUCUGCUGGAAAAAUCAGUUAUAUUAUAUAGAUUUUGAUCUGGAAUUGAAGUUAGCUGCACAAGAGACUGAUGAAAUAGGGAUAAGGUUGCAGAGUGGAGAAAAUUUGGAAAAUAUUAAAUUUGAAAUAUUGCUAAGAAGGGUCAAGAAGGUCCAAAAUCGGCACAAGUUUGUGGUGUUAGCUGGGUUUCCUUUGAAAAUGGAUGAGCAUAACACUAUUUUAGAAGAAUUAGUGAGAAUCGAAGGGCUGAUUGGAAGCUUAUAUGCAUUUAUUAAUUUUGAUGAGAGUACUUAUGAAGCAGAAAUUGCAGAGAUACCAGUAAGAAAAAGACCUGUUAAGGUAGUAGCUGAAGAGAAAAAAGAUAAUGAUGAAGACGAGCCAAAAGAAAUCGUUCCAAUCCAAAAUGUUCCUGAAGAGCCUACCCCAAUGUGAAACAAUUAUGAAAAAUCAAGCUUAUUCCAGCUUUUCCACAACUACAAAGGAAAUAAAUCAAAUAUCAUCAUCAAAAACAUAGACUCAGAUGGAUUUUCAGCAAUUGAAAAUCUUCUAACAGAAGUCGUUUCUUUUACAGAUUGUCGAAAAAUUGUCCAAUUCGUCCUCUCCAACUCUGAAGCUGGCUUUCUCUACAAUACAAUCAUAAACCUCGACUCCUCCCCAAUCCUUUUCAAAGAAAACCUAGAACUCGAUAUCACAGGUCUGAACCUCCACAAAGAAGAUCUAAAAGUCCUUACAAAUCCUCGUGCCAAAAAUUUUUAUGAAACCUAUCUAAAAGGCCAUUCCAGCCCAUUCAGCAUUUUCUUUGAGUCUUUCUGCAACCUUCUCAAGCUUGAAAACAUUCAAAUUACUAAUGGCCUAAGAAUAGCUAUAAAAGACCAAAUUGAUACCUAUAAAAAUAAUUUCGUCUGUGCUGAACAAGUUAAUGCCUUUUUCAGUUCUUGGGAAAGUCCUGAAGACAAGGCAAAAAUGAUCGCAAAAGCUGAAAGAAAAAACCAGCAAGAAGACAGUGAUGCCUUAUCUUAUAAAAUCCUUUUAGUAGUAGAAAACGUAAACCCGGACCCUGUCACCCAAGUAGUCAGCUUUAAUAGAGGAGACGCCUUUGAAAUCACAUAUGAAGGGAUGCCAAGUUCUGCAAGAUUCUGUGCAGACCGCUGCGUGUAUUUUGGAAAAGAAAAUCGUCAGGUGAAAAAUGAUGUAGAAUUCAGCUCAGCUGACACAAGAAUAAAAAACCUUCAUUUCCAGAUAUAUAGUAGAAAAGAUGGGUAUUAUUUGGUAGAUAAUGGAGAAAAUGCUGGCUUGAAGCUCAAAGUUAUUGACUACCCAGUUUUGCUAUAUGAAGACGCAGUUAUUACAUUUGGGGAGUAUGAGUGCAAGAUAGUUGAAUGUAAAGCUCCUAAAUAUGAAGAAGCCUCUGAUAUAUGGCUUUCUGAUUUUAAAGACCAUAAAGACUUCAUUGGAGUAGCUAGGCUAGGACUAUUUUUUACAUCAGAAAAAGUAUAUGGGCUUCAUUGUGUAUUUACUGGUGAUGAAAUCAUUACAGUGGGAGGCAGCUCAGCAUGCGAUGUAGAGCUUGAAGGCUUGAUUUCAAAUCAUGCUAGAAUUGAACUGAGAUCUAGUGGCUGGAAUUUAAUUGAUAAUCAUUCACCGUCUGGGACUUGGAUUUCUGUAAAUUCCGGAGAUAGGAUUUUGCAUAAAAAACCUUCAGAUCCAUUAAGGCUUGCAAAUAAUAUGAGAUUUAAGCUACCAGGACUUGAAUUUAAAGUGCUUAUGGAAAGCAGCCAAGAUUUUAAAAUCCAAGUUGCUGAUUUUGAGAAUUUCAGGUCAGAAAAUUUCAAAUUUUUAUAUACAGUUUUAAGAAAAAUCAAAUCCGAAGGAAAUUCACAGAUUUUCUUAUGCAAGAAUAAUUUCACAAAGAAAGAAUAUUCAGUGAAAAUAAUAAAAAUAAAAGAUUUGACUGAAGAUAUGAUAAAAGAAGUAUCAAUUUAUAGAAAACUAGACCAUCCUAAUAUACUCAGAGUAAUUGAUACUAUUCAAGAUGGUGGGAAUGCUUAUAUUAUUUCUGAAUACUGCUGCGGAGGAGAGCUUUUUGAAAGGAUUUUGGAAAGAGGAACUCAUAAUGAGCAACAAAGCGCCAGAAUUACAAGAGAAAUUUUACAAGCUUUAGCUUACUUGCAUUCAAGUGGAAUAACUCAUAGAUACCUCCAAGCAGAGAAUUUAGUUUUUGUUGAUCAAACCUCAGAUUCUCAGCUAAAACUCUUUAACUUCGCACCGCCAGCUGUAGGAUAUUCCUAUUAUAUUGCUCCUGAGUCUCUUAAAGGAGCUUUUACACCUAAAAGCGAUGUGUGGGCAGCUGGUGUAAUUUUAUAUAUUUUAUUAGUAGGAGCUCCUCCAUUUUCUGGCAAAACAGAUGAAGAAACAAGAAAAAAAAUAGCAAAAGGAAGACCUUCUUUUAAAGAAAAAGCAUGGGAAAGAAUUUCAGGCCAUGCGAAACGUGCUGUUAGACUUAUGCUUGAACCUGAUGUGUAUCGCCGCGCAACUGCUGCAGAACUUUUAGACGAUCCUUGGAUAAAGCAGUCACUUAAGUUUAUCGAUACUACAAAGCCUAUGAUGGCCCGUAUGCUUUUUCAUAUAGAAAUGCUUAUUAAAAAUUCCAUUAAAAAAAUUUAUUAUUUAUAAAUAAUCCCCUUACAUUAAAAAAUUUCAAACACUUUUAUUCCUCAUCCAAACUCUAUCAAUCAGUCCUUCUUUUUAUGACAAAUUCUCUUAUAUCAGAUGCUGAAAGAAAACAAGCAAUGGAUAUUUUUAUAGAGAUGGAUAAAAAUGGAGAUGGCAAGCUCAGCAAACAAGAAAUACUAGAAGGCUUUAAUAAAUCGUCUCUGCAAAUAACUGAAGAAGAGGUAGAUAAACUUAUGCAUGAAGGAGAUGGAGAUAUGGACGGGUAUUUGAAUUAUUCAGAGUUUCUUAUGGCUAUAGUAGACAAACAGAAAUUAUUAAAUGUUGAAAAUAUUGAAAGAACGUUUAGUGCUUUUGACCAGGAUGGAAGUGGAGAUAUAACGACUGCAGAGCUUAAACGGAUUCUUGGGCAUAAUGAAAGUUCCUGGGCACAGUUAGUGAACGAAAUUGAUGAAAAUAAAGAUGGGAAAAUUGAUUUGAAAGAAUUCAAAAACUUGCUGCUUUCAAGAAUUUAA